AUGGCAAUGAAGCAGAUUAUUCUCCUGAUCACGACUUUGCUUUUGUGCGCAGAAAAGGGUAAGUCUCUAUCAAGUAAACAAUGAAUAGACUUUUAAUAUCGGCAACGUAGUCUUUUUUCAACGCGACAGUAACAAAAAGUGCUCAUAAAAACAACUUGCCUAAGCGACUAAAGAAUAAAAGGUUAACUAGUUCAAUGACAGAGUUCUUUUGGACUCGAUAAGUUUCUAUGCAGUUUUCAUUCAUAGGCCAUGAGAAUCAGUGUAGUUUUAGGUCUUUCCACUGAUGCUAGCGAGAAAAAAAUGAACAAAUGUCUUAGCAACACUAACGAGUGAACAACAGGUAGUAAGUCUUCAUUCAAAGCAAAGAGUCAAUAAAAAAUAAUUAGUCAGUUUCUCAGUUUUUCUCGCCGAAAACUAUGCUAAAUUAGAGUAUCCAAGUUAUGAAUAUGGUCAUUUUUUCGAGUCUGCUGAUUUUCUUUUCGUGCUUAGACACAACAACGAUUUUACAAACACUUCAAAACAACUCUUUCUUAACAUACUAUAUUAUUAAUUUUAUCGGUUUAUAAUCCCACUCACAUGUAUCUCAGCGAUUUCGGAGUGUAUUUCAAAGUAGAAGUGUAUUUGAGAGUAACCUGAAAAGGGAUGAAGGAGUACUAAAAUCGCAGAAAAAUUAGUAGAUUAUGCCAACACCACCAACGUUGAAUUUAUUGUUGACCGAGGGUUUUAUUCCAAGGUUGAUUAAUUUACAGCUAUUUGCACCUAAGCUGAUCAAAUGACUGCCAGGGGGGUGUGCAGAUUGGUUCUUUGACAAAUUAUGACAUGAUCAGCGCCGUAGCUAGUAUGAGGCCAACCGAGGCACUCGCCUCGGUAAAAUUUUGACGAAUUUCGCCGAUCAUUUUUAUUUUACAUAAGCGAUCAUCGGAUAUUUUUAACGCAUCAUGAUAUUACAAAGAAUUCAGCAAUUCAGUCAAUAUACUAUGAAAAAAUUACCAUAUCAUCGAUCUCAAGGGGCUACGUACGUUAACUCAAAUUUUUUUUGAACAAUUAAUCAUCAAAACCAUUGUCGAGUUUACCGGUCACCCAGAUUAUGUAGCUUGUUUCUGAUUAUUUCUUUUUAAAUUCCACUUAAAUUAACUCGAAAAAAAGGUACCGAAAGGCCCAGAAACCGCUGCAAAUCGGAUUUCCGAGAAACUAAAGUUCAAAAUUUCUCGGGGGGGGGGGAAUGCCCCCGAACCCCCCUAGCAACUCCCGCCUGCCUCGGUUUGGCCGUUUGGUCUGGCUACGGCACUGAUGAUGAUAUUACUUUUACAGACGAUACAGCAUUUCUCGGCAGAAAAAUAGCAUUUUGAUUAAAGAGCAUGCGCUGAACCGUGAACCUCUCCCUUUAAUGUUAAACUCCCAACUUCGCGUGGCUACCGUGAACACUUCAUUUCGCGAAAAUGGAAGAGGCAUAUUUUGCACGAAUUUAAUAUCUUGAUAUGGGCGAGAAUGAUCCUGUUAAGAAGUCAUUUUCGCAAAUAUAUAUACAUGUAUACAUAUAUAAAUUGAGCACAAAUGAAGAAAGACCAUUACUUUUAACAUACAGAUAAAAAAAACGAGCAGCUUAAUCUGUUUUUCACAACGUUCAACUUAAGCCCCACUCCUUACGUCUACGACACGUCCUAUAUGACGUACAUCCCUAAAUUUACGAUCGUGUGUCUACCAAAAAAAAGUAUGAAGCAUCUAUCUCGGAAUAAAACUAUGAAUUUCGAAUCUCCAGUUGUAGCGGGAUUUAAGCUUCUAGCGAUUGAUUGAAAAAAUUAGAACCAGUAAGACCAAUUUCAACAUAUCUAAUAUCAUUCUUGACAACGAAGCUUGAGGUCCUUGAGGUAAUAAAACAAAAAACAUGUGUGGCUGCCCUCGAAAGUCGUAAUUGGCAUCCGAAGGAGUUUCGUUGUUAUUCGCAAGAAAAAGAGAAAAACUUGAAUCAUCAGAUCUUUCCUUUAUCUCCAAAUAAUCUUUAACUCUUCAGUUCUUUAGUUCUUUAGAUAACAACUUAGUCUGCCUUACACGAUACGGAUGAGCGAAGGAUUACAUGGAUUGUAAACCUAAAUCACACAUGUGAUAAACAAGAACAUGACGGCAACUAGCACCAGUCCUAAGCAAAUGGUAACAACCGCUGACCAUAAAUACUGAAAACUCCUUACUACAGCACUGCUGUAGUAACAACAUGAAUUGACUAGUACCGGCUAACCAACAUAGAACAUUUUCCUACAGGUGUUCCCUUUAAUUGUUUCAAGUGCAGUGGUAACAUGGACGAAUGUAACAGCAUGAAAGGUCAAACAGUUACUUGUGCAAAAAGCCAGGACAGAUGCCUGAAAGUGAUGAUGAGCAAAGACGGCAAAGAAUCUGGUUUAUAUGGAUGUGCAUCUGAACAGGACUGCAUGACGGCUAUCAAAACUUGUGAAGCGGUCGUGAAAAACAACGCCAGGGCAAAGUGUAUGUCCCAAUGCUGCAACACAACGUCUUGCAAUACACCUCCACCAAAAGGUAUGGUGCCUCACUUUGUUAUAACAUUCAAACUGAAGUUUAUUGUUGUUAAUAACACUAUAGGAUCAUCUCCAGGAUGACCGGUAGGUAGUAGGGUCCAAUUUCGUUUUAAACUAGCCCUUUACAUGUUGGUAAGUCACAUAUCACGAGAACGGCAACCCGGAGAACAAGCAACAUUGUGGGUCUUUUGUAUCCGUUUGAAUGGGCUCGAAAGUCUUAACUCAUUUGAACCUCAGCGAAACAACCUCAUCCAGACUCGUCCAACAAGCACUUUGCUUUCUUUCACUAACUUCGUUUCUUGCUGAUUUUGUAUCAGGUGACUGUCACAGCAAAUUUCAAAAUUUAUAAGAGUGUCAUAGUGUGUUACAGCCACAAGGGAGCCUCGCUUUGCGUCUCUUUGAAGACCGUAGUCUCUGGAGACUGCACUUUUUCCCGAAAUUAAACACUAAAACUCCACAAUGUCUUGUACUUUGUUGACAGCUGAUUUUAUUUUUAAAGGUGGUUGGGAUAUGAUUGUGCUGGUGAGUGUGGUCCUUAAUAGGACUGUUGUUGACAGAGAUUGAAUUAUCGACAAACCGUGUGCGGUAUGUCACCUUCCGAGUAAACACUGAUAGUAUAUUUCAUUUAUAAUAACUUUCAGAUGACAACUUGAAGUGCUUUAUGUGUCAAAGCACAACUUCCAUGGACGACUGCGAGCAAAACAGUAAACCUGGACGCUGCACAGAAGAACAAAACAAGUGUGGCAAGUUUACCACCGAACUGAUGAUACAAGGAAAGAAAGUCAUGCUGUACCGAAAGGGAUGCCAAACCGAAAUGACCUGUAACAAGGAAUAUGAUUUGUACGGCCAGGCCUGUGGGUCUGACGACACCUGCGAUUUUAAGUGCUGUGAAGGAGAUUUGUGUAAUGCUGGCUCAUUUGCUUUUGUCAGCGUUGUCUCCCUCUUCACAUGCACCUUACUGUCUUUUCUUUACAACUAG